AACACAAACACACACUAUGAUGGGCUUGUUGUCAACGAUCCGCGGAAAGAAGGAACCAGUGGUUGGAAAUGGAAUUGGCUCAGCACAAGUUGGACCAUUGAAUGCUAAAACAAAGAAAUUGGUGAUUCAAGAAUGGCCAAGAGUUCUUGCUCAAUGCCCUGAGCUCUUCACAGAAAUCUGGCACAAAUCGGCUACACGAUCCACUUCAAUCAAACUGGCAUUUGGAAUCGCAGAAAAUGAGAGCCCAAUGCAAAAUGCAGCAUUUUUGGGUCUUUCUUCAACAAUCCAAGCAUUCUUCUACAAAUUGAUCAUCACAUAUGAGCUUAAUGAUGAUCAAGUGAGAGAAGCUUGUGAACAAUUGGGAGCCCGGCAUGUUGAUUUCAUUUCUCGUGGAUUCAAUUCACAUUUCUGGGAUAUAUUCUUGGUUUGCAUGGCAGAGAAGAUUGAUGAGACACUUUCAGCUUAUAUACCAGACGAGGACAAAAGGAACGAGAUGAUUUUGGCAUGGCAGAGAGUGAUUAACUCAAUCGUGCAUCAAAUGCGUAAUGGAUAUUCCGAUCGACGAAAGCAACAGCUUGGCGGAACUAAAGGAGGCUCUAACAAUGGAUUCUGAGACUUUUUCAAACUAAUGAACAUGUGUUUUUUUUCUUCUUUUUUUUCAAAAUGACCACUGAAUAUAUCUAUCAAAAUAUGUUGAGAUUUUUAAUGUUCCAAAAUUGUACACAACGAUCUUUUUCUCCUCACCAAAUCAACAUUUUAACCAUAUACAUACGUAUUGUUUUGAACAGCUUUGAUUAUCUGAUUAUCCGAAUAAUUUAAUGAUUUAUCAUGCUAUUUGAAAAAAUAUGGUUCUGAAAUUUUUCGGAUGGAAACAACAUAUUUUAAUUUUCAAGAAAUAAAGAAAUUUAAACUC